GUGGUUCGAGGGUGCGCGCACGCGGAAGGCCUGUACCCGUUAAAACCCCGGCAAAUCCCCUCCCAUCUCUCGCGCCGCCUCUCUAUUCUCCCAUCCCACCGCUCACCAUGGCCGCUAUCGACGAGGCCUCUGGCCGCCGGGCGGCCAGCUGCUUCUUCGAGGUCGGCCAGCGCGAGAUCGGCUCAUCCAGCUCCCGCCGAAUCAGCGGCUCCGAGGGCCUAAUUUUGCGGAUGAACCAAUAUGGAAAGUUGCGAGGUCAUAGUGGCUGUGUUAAUACUAUAAGCUUCAAUCCUGCUGGUGACCUCCUUGUGUCUGGUUCAGACGACACAGACAUCAUACUAUGGGACUGGCUUGCUAAAACUGAAAAACUAACUUACCCUUCUGGACAUCAACAAAAUGUCUUUCAUGCUCGUGUGAUGCCAUUUACAGAUGACAGCACCAUUGUGACCGUUGGUGCUGAUGGCCAGGUUAGGGUGGGACAACUGAAGCAGGGUGGUGGAUUCACAACCAAACAAAUUGGGGAACAUCAUGAUCGUGCGCAUAAGAUGGCUCUCGAACCAGGAAGUCCUCACAUACUUUACAGCUGUGGAGAGGAUGGCUUGGUACAACACUUUGACCUGCGCAGUGAUUCACCAACAAAGCUUCUCACCUGCUAUUCAUUCUCAAAUAGAAGGCGCCGUGUAAGACUGAAUACCAUUGCUAUUGACCCACAGAACCCUAAUUAUUUUUCGAUCGGUGGCUCCGAUGAGUAUGUACGGCUGUAUGAUUUUAGGAAAAUAAACUUGGACUCUUCAAGCAAUAUGAACCUACCAGUUGAUACCUUCUGCCCUGAGCACCUUCUUAUGGGUGGGAAGGUCCACAUCACUGGUAUUGCAUACUCUUAUUCAAGCGAGUUACUUGUCUCAUACAAUGACGAGCUUAUCUACCUGUUCGAAAACUAUAUGGGUCUUGGUCCGAAUCCUGAAUCAACACAGCCAGAGCAUUUGGACAAGCUCGAGCAGCUACAAUCAUACUCUGGUCACAGAAAUUUCAGAACUGUUAAAGGAGUCAGUUUCUUUGGACCCAAUAAUGAAUAUGUUUUGAGUGGGUCAGACUGCGGGCAUGUGUUCAUUUGGAGGAAAAAUGGAGGUGAAUUGAUGAGGAUCAUGCGCGGCGAUAAACAUAUCGUUAAUUGCAUCGAACCCCAUCCGCAUUUUCCCUUCCUAGCUACUAGUGGGAUAGACAGCACCAUUAAGAUUUGGACACCUUCGUCAAGCAAAGUGAUGCAAUUGCCUCAAUAUGCAAAUAAAGUAAUAGCUUCAAACGCGCGGGAGAGGCAAUUCUAUGCCUCCCGAGGAGAAAUGACACUUUCAGCUGACGUCAUGAUGCGUAUCUUAAGAUUGCAAAAUACACAAUCUGAACUGUACGCAAAUCAUGAACCAUCUGCUGCCGAUUUCGCAACUGGUGGUGAUGAGACUUUCUUCAUUGGGCUUGGUGAUGGUGAUGGGAACCAAAGAUCGAACUCUGAUCCCAGGGAACGCAUUGUGACAUGAGGCCAUGUUUUUUAGGUUGCAACUUCACAUUCAGUGAUAUUUUAGUGGCGGAAAACUGAUUGGCAGUGUGUCACAACCUGCUACUUGUUUUUUCUGUUAUCGUGUUAUUAGUAUGUUAGUAUGUUCAAAUCUGUACUCGGUCUAUUAAAAUAAAGGCGUUCCUCGCGGUUUUUUGAAAA